CCCCUCACUUGAAGACAGGAAUUCUUUUUGCAACUUUUUGCCCAUGAUACCAUAAUCGUUGCAGAACUGGAUCCAUAACCCAGACACCUAAUGAUGAAACAGGCGGAUAUUGACCCCACGAACAAAUCAGCCAUGGAAAUAAACACCAAACCACCAGAGGAGAAAACUACCAACGAACGACCGUUAAAGCAAAAAACAACUGGCUGUCAAGGAAUCAAGGUUUUCCUUGCUGCCCUGGCAUUUUCGUAUUUUAGUAAAGCAUACGCUGGGGCCACGAUGAAAAGUUCCUUCACACAACUGGAAAGGAGAUUUGGCAUUCCUUCUUCAACAGCUGGCUUCAUCGACGGAGGCUUCGAAAUGGGAAAUUUGUUGGUGAUUGCAUUUGUGAGUUACUUCGGGGCAAAAUUUCAUCGGCCAAAGAUCAUCGCCUUUGGUUGUUUUAUCAUGUCUUUGGGGAGCUUUUUGAUGGCAUUGCCUCAUUUCUUCAUGGGAUAUUAUCAAUAUGACACAAUAUCCUUCACAUCAAACAACAUUUCCAGUUUCUCUCCCUGCUUAUUAAAUCCCCAGGAUUUGCCCACGAUAAAAGGGAUGCCAAGGUCAGACUGUGACCAUAAAAUUGUUACAUCUUAUGCAUGGAUUUUCGUCUUGCUGGGGAAUCUGCUACGUGGAAUCGGAGAAACCCCAAUUACUCCUCUGGGCAUAUCGUACCUUGAUGAUUUCUCUAGAGAAGAAGAUGUUCCUCUUUAUAUCAGCAUUUUGCACACCAUCGCCAUGAUUGGCCCACUAUCCAGUUUCCUUUUGGGAUCUGUGUUUGCCAGACUCUACGUGGACGUUGGUUUUGUGGACAUGGAUACAAUAACUAUCAGUCCAACUGAUGUACGUUGGGUUGGUGCAUGGUGGAUGGGCUUUUUAGUUGCCGGGGUCAUCGCUCUGAUUUCCGGAAUCCCUUUCUUGUUCCUGCCUAAAAGUCUGGACAAAAAGAAGGAUGCUUGCAUCCAGAAAAACCUGGAACCCAUGGAAAGCAACAUCGACAAUAGCCAUGGACAGAAGCUUAAUAUUGAAGGUGGAAUGGCAGACUCUGGACAAUUAAGUGAGUUCUUCAAGUCCCUGAAGAGAUUGUUGGGGAACAAACUGUAUUUAUUACUAUUGUGCUCAACACUGCUGAAUGCUAGCAGUUUUAUUGGCUACAUGACCUACCAGGCAAAAUAUAUGGAGCAGCAAUAUGGACUGUCAGUGUCGAGAUCUAAUUUUAUAACAGCUGUUGCUGUUUUGCCGGUGGUCAUCAUUGGAAUAUUUUCAAGUGGGUUCAUCAUGAAAAAGUGCAAGCUAGGAAUGAUUUGUGCUACAAAAAUGGGAUACGCAGCAUCAUUCAUCGGGUUUGCCUUGACGUUUCUGUAUCUAAUGCUGGGUUGUGACAACCACCCAGUGGCAGGAUUGACGGUGACCUAUGACGGGAACACAGCUGCUCAGAACCUGCCUUCCUUGUCUUCAGCCUGCAAUUCCAACUGCACCUGUGCUACAAGCCAGUGGGAUCCUGUUUGUGGAGAUAACGGACUCACAUAUGUGUCGGCCUGUUUUGCUGGGUGCAAAAACAUAACCAGAUUGAAGAAAGAAACAGUUUUUCACAACUGUAGCUGCAUCGAGAAAGCAGGUGCUGUGUGGAAGAAUUCUUCGGCAGCAUCGGGUGAAUGCCGAAGAAGUGAUGAGUGUUCAAAAAAUUUUAUAUUUUACACCAUUGUCAAAGCUGUGAGCUCCUUUAUGUACGCACUGGGUGCCGUUCCUUUAUACAUGCUUCUUAUCAGAUCUGUACCUCAAGAACUGAAGUCAUUUGCAGUUGGACUCAUGAUGCUUGUGAUAAGAUCAUUGGGUGGAAUUCUAGCACCAGUUUACUUUGGGGCAGUGAUCGACCAGACUUGCUUGAAAUGGGGCAGUAAACCCUGUGGCCAAAAAGGAUCUUGUAGGAUAUAUGAUGCAGUACAAUACAGGUAUUCUUUCAACGGUCUAAUAAUUGCCUUGAGAGUGCCAUCUUAUCUGCUGGGUAUCAUCUUUUACCUGCUUCUGAAGAAAACCCUUAGAAAACAAGAGGCCGAGAAAGCUGAAAAUGAAUGCAAAGAAAGGGCACCUCUUCAUGAAGUAACGGAUACCGAAGUUUCAGCACAUCGUUCAGAUGUAGACAUGAAUACCUGCCUCUAGAAAAACAAGCUGAGCACAGACCAAGGGUAGAAGAUGAAGGGCUGUCGGAAGCUGCCAAAACAUUCCACGUACCGGUAACUCUUAGAACCACCGUUGGCUGUAGCUGCUGAAAAAUGGCGGCAUUGCUUCCCAUCAUUUUCGAGAGGGAAAAGUGACCCACUAAAGCAAAUCAGUAUUCCUUCAGUAGUCCCAAGCAAAAAGAGGAUUUGUUUCUCCCGCCCUUUUGCAAAAUGGAACUUUGAAAGGCAAAAGAGCUCCCGUUUUGCGUGGUCUUAUUAAACAAAAAACAAAAAAAACGACACCUGAUCAUUGGUUGUGCUGAAGUAAAAACAAAACAUUGAUUUCUGGAACUGAUACAAAGGAUAAUUUAAACCCAACCCCCCAGGUUCUGUAAGAUUUCUGUAAUAUCUGC